AUGAAGCACAAUGCGGAGUGUAAUUGGACUUCAGGGGGGAACAAGGCCAAUUACAAGGGACAUCGCCAACGACUUCAAAGCUUUCAUUAUCAAUGGGCUGUCACGUAA